CUACCGAUCCCACCGAUUAUUCCCCGUUUAACGUAUAACGUUGCAUUUACGCCGCGUAACAUCUUUGGAACCAUUUCACGAAUAAAUGGGUCGUGAAAAAUUAAUUAUUUUUCAAUUCACCGUGAAGAUUUUUCAUCUGUUUGCACUUGCGCAUCCUCCUGUUCAUCAGUAUUAUGGCGACCUUUAUGGUGGUCGGUCAUUCUUAAUAUCUUUGGAUUGAACCAGAGUACGUUCCUGCAACAGAUUUUCAUUUAAUAUUUCGAGCACCGUUAAACAUUUAAGCAUACGGUUUUUGUAACUGCAUUUAUAAUAGGUAAUAAUGGAUUCCACUGAUAAAGAUUUAAAACAAAAAUACGAUGUAGAGCAGAUGGCCGUAAUAGGCAAGAUGCAUAAUAUGCAAUGGCUGAAAAGUAAUUCUCAGUUAUCAGGCCACACAAACGUGUUUCCACAUGAGAAAGAAUUAAUAAGUAAUCUAUUGAAAACUAAAUCAACCGAAGAAAUACAACAAAGUAUCAAUGUUGUUUCAAAUGAAGAUGUUUGGAAUAAUCCUGAGUUAAAAAACAAUGAUUGUAUUAUGAGUGAAAAUAUAGAUAAUAACAACAUUAUUACAAAUAAUAAUACACUUGAGUCUACUUUGAAAGUUAUCGAGCUGUCUGAUAAAAGUAUUAUGGAAACUGCAUGGAAUGAAGACGUCAAUAUAAAUAGUACUUUAUUUCCAAAUUCUCAAUCUUUAGUUGUUCAAAGACUAGAUAAGCAAGAGGCAAUGAAUAUGAAUUUGCAAGAGAAUAUUGUUACUGUUCAAUUGGAGCACCUUAGACUUAAGGAAGAAGAGAAAAGUAAAUCUGAGGAGUCGUAUAACGAAUCUUCUAACAAAUGGGAUCCUAUUCAUCGUAGUAUUCCUGACUCAACAAAGUCAGAUACCGAUGAAGGUAAUCGUGUUACUUCAAAGCAAUGUCAUGAUAACAAUAAUAACAAUGCAAAAUCUAAAGCUCAACCUACAUCUGAAUCAAAGAGAGGUAUGCAAAAAGCAACUACAAAGAUUAAUAUUAAUAAAUCUAAUGAUCAGAAGAUCAAAAAGCAAUCAGGAAGUAAUGUAAAAGAGUCUUGGACUGUUACGAAACAAAGUUCCAAAGAUCAAGAUGAUUCAUUAAAUUUAUAUAAAAGUGAUAAAACAUCAACUUCUAGUACAGACUCGAGGAAGAUAUCCGUACCUGCAAUGUCUAAGUUUCAUGAUAAAUGUAGCAAAGUGAAUGGAUAUAAUAGACAAUUAAUUAUGGGAAAAGGGACACAAAUGAAGGAGCAACAGUUUUCUAAACAACAUUUUUCUACGUUCAAUGAAUGUGGUAGUAGAAGCAAAUCUAUGGAAGGACUAGAUGAAAAAAAUAAAUCUCAAAAAAAGAGUAACGAGGUAGAUGAAAUAAGGAAGUCUCACAAAGUUCAAAUAACUCGCACUCAGUCGCAUAAUAAUCAAUAUAAUAGAAACAAAGCAUCCAUAAAGUCGCAACAGCAGUAUGUAAGGGAUACGACUAAACUGGAGGAAGAAAAUUCUAUUAAUCACGUGUCUGGUUUUAAUAAUAAUAUUAGUGCAACUAAUUCAACUGAGAAUGGAUCAAAGAAAAAAUAUGAAAUAAGUAAGAAAAUAAGCGAUACGAGACUUACUCGCGGUACAAAACAACGGAAUGUAAACGAUUUUUAUGUUUCAGAAUGCAGUAUGAACGAAAGAAUGAUAGGCAAAUCAUCAGGAUCUGUGUCUUGUAGAAGAAGUUAUCAAAAUUUAUCUCACACGAAGACUACUACCGAUCGGAAUCUAAAAGAUGAUCAGGGGUGUAUACAAAAAAACAAGAAAGACUCUCACGUUUAUAGGCGUUCUUCAGGCACUUUCCAAACAUUUUUCAAAGAUUCGAGUGGGAAAGAGAAACCAGACGACUAUAAAAAAUACGUUACAGAUAAUUCAACAAAGGAUUAUAAAAUAAAUCAAUUCGAUGGCUCAAAAGUAACAGUAUAUUCGCAUAAGGCAGCUAAUGGUGCUAGUAAUACUAAGACUGAUACAUCAGAUUCAACUACUGUAAAUAAUGUACAGUCCAUUAAAUCAUUGAAUUCUUGUUCAAAUAGUACCAAAGAUCCUGCUAUUGUAAAUGCACCUGUUCAUAUAUCACAAGAAUCACAAAUAUUGCAAGCUUCUUGUAAUGGAACUGAAGUACAAUUCGCAAAGACUGAACAAGAUCAUACUAGUAUUAAUAAUAGCAGUAAGAUGAGCACUGGUAACCCGGAAGCAAAGUCGGUGAAAUUUUCUGAUAAUGUUCAAGAAGUUAAUACAGUUCAUUCUGUAUCGUCGUCGUCGCAUCCUCAUAAUAUUAUUCAGUCUCAUAAAAUCACUGGAAAUUCGUAUUACUCUGAUUUACAAACUUUACCUAAUUUAAGCAACACUCAACAAAUGGAGAAUCAUCAGAGUGUACAAAGUAAGAGUUACUUCGAUAAUGCGAAUGCUCAGUACGCAAACGCACCAGUCGCUAUUCAAAAUUCUGAGAGGAACUUGUAUUUGCUGGAUGUGGCGCAUCAGCAGAAACCGGAUCAGGUGUCGCACGUAUCUCCCCAAGGUGUAUCUGCGCACAAUAACUGCAACCCAGUUAUGCCAAUGGGAAAUGGCUUACCCUAUCAUAAUAUGUCCCCAGUCUACUUAAAUCAAUACAGUAACGCGCAGAACGUACCGAGGAAAACGGCUGAAAAUACUAUAGUCUCUCACAGCGCAUUAGUACCAAGUACUUCUUCGUAUACUAUGGAGAAUCAGAACAUUAUGCAAGGUGAACCUUCCAACAUUCUCAUGCAUAACACUCAAACCUCUGUCUUACCGCCGUCUGGUUAUCAAAAUCAUCCUGUACUUGCCCAGCAUAAUCAAUGGAAUUUAUCGCUUCCAGAUAUGUUGCUCUUCGGAAACGUGAUGAAUUCUGCGCAUCCGUUGAACAUGCAAAUGCAGAACUCCCGACACGUUUGCGGCACAGAUUUCAAUAAUAUUCAACAAGCAGGUUACAUGCAGCCUCCGUUGUUUUACGUGCCGCAGUUGUGCAUGCAAGGCUGGAACCCGAUGGUGCAGUACCCGGCUCCGUUGUACCAAAAUUCUCCGUUCACCAAUUGCAAUACGUACCCUAAUCAAGUGUUGCCGUCGAACACCACGACGGACACUAUCAAUUGCUCUGCGCCGACGUCUAUGCAGAACAACCCGUACAAGCAGUUCCAGCAGAUGCAACAACUGGAGAGCAACCCGACGUUUACUGUGCCGAUGAAGUUGGACAAUUACUUGGGGAACAUGCAGGGGAGCAAAUCGAACGUCAGGAUGAAAGACAACGGGAUGGACGUUCACGCGAGAGCCGGUCAGUAUCGCGUUCCCUUGGCGAACGAGUAUCAGAACUGUACCCAGGAUGGGCAGGUAACAGUACCGUUCUCGUACGGUGUCACAAUGGACUCCGUGGUAAGGAAUGGUCAGGCGAACAUGCAUAUGCAACUGAAUCAGAAGUAUGCGCCGCGCGCUACCGGCAAUUAUCAAAGAAUGCCGGAGCCUUGUUCAGUGUUCCUAAACAAUCAGGAGCCCGGCAACAGGAAAGAUGACGUGUCGAAAAACGAUUCCGACUGUAUACCGCCGAUGGUCUCGCCAAGGGAAUGCAUGUACUACGGAGUGAACUAUGCCAGAAAGCAAGAUAAUAUUCAGAGCCCGUCUCUGCAUUCGGAGGCGAAGCAAAUAGCGUACAUGGCCAGCAUUAAUUCGUCACCCUACGUUCCUCAGUUCCACAAGAACGGAAGUUACCACGCGUCCCCGAAAGAGCUCGCGUCGCGGGCAACACUGGGCCGUGGGAUACGCAAAUCGAUGGAUCAGUAAAACCAUAGGAACAGUUAACGGGCGACGGUACCGCAUACCCUUAACCUAUAAUCUUGUUUUCGAUCUAGAUCGUUGCAAUUACACCGUACAAAAUCGUUGCACAUUAUUCAUCUUACGGUUCUUUGUCCGUUCGUAUCAUCGUUAUAUCUUUAUACAUGUACAAGCGUAUCGUGAACGAUAUGAAAGUUUUUUAAUCGAUCUACUUCAGACGCAUCUUCACGUACUUUUUAUAUAUGUAUAUAUACAUAUAUAUAUAUAUAAAUAUAAAUAUAAAUAUAAAUAUAUGUAUAUAUAUGUAUAUGUAUAGAUGUUCCGCAUCAAAUUAGAUGAUAGAUUUUUUCAAAGUUGAGAAGCUUUAAAGGAAUUUUACGAUACUGUAACUGCCAAUUACGCGAUAGCCUCGUCUUGUUCUUUCCUAUGGUAACACGUGUGAAAGUAGCAGAUCUAUUUUCUAGAUUCUCUUCAGAUAUUUCUACCAGUCAGUCUAAACCUUAGAUGAUCGAUGUUACUCGUUACACGGAUUCCGUAGAAGGUAUCUUUUUCAAUGUUAUAUCGGGCGCUUCGUAUUCUCGGGGUACAGAAAGUUUUUCAGUUCCUACGAUCGAAAGUAUUAUACGACGGUGUAGCGUUUUAUUUCGUGCCACGGAAAAAUUUCGUUUGGUUCUUUUGUUUUCGUUUCCUUAAAGAGAGAUGGACAGCACACAGAGAGAGAGAGAGGAAGGAAACUGUUCGCGCGCGCGACACGCGUGGAGUUACCGUUAGCGAUCGUAACUCGAAGAGUCACGAAUCAAACAAGUCUGACGAAUUUCAUUUAAUUCUCGACCCGACGGCGAGAGAUCAUUUUUCUUUCAUUGAUUUCCCUUCUAUUUCUUCGUCCCUCUACUGGUUCAGAGGCAAAAGCAUUUUAUACGGCGAUUUAUUUUUGUUUAAAUAUUACGUGUAUUGUUAAGAAAUACCAUAUAGUUUAUUUUUCGAGGACUUACAAGUUUUUACAAAGUAAAACACGAACUUGCCGUAGCUGGUAGAUGUUAUAUAGACUAAUUAGAAUAUAUCCUUUUCCCUUGACAUAUUCAUAUUCUGGUAUGCAUUUAUAACCACACAGUAUUAUUCCUUCAUUCGUAUUGAGAAUUUGCACGCGUCAAUAGAGUCUCUUUGAAAAUAGAAGAAGAAGAAGAAGAAGCAAGUAAUU